AUGCAGGCCUUCGGCUCCCCGGAUCAAGGGCCCCUGGAGCCGGGCUUCGUGGCUUCCCGCAUCGAGGCCUAUGGGGGCCGCCGGGCCCCGCAACCUUGGGCCGACGGGAGCCUUCAGCCACGGGGGGGUGUCCCGCAGGAGCCCGGUCGUCGACGGCUGCAGGACCUCGUGCUGUUCAACAAGAGCCCCGGGCAGUCCCGGGGCCUGUCGCCGCUCAGGCUGAGGGAGCUGGAGCACGACAGAAAACACGGCCAUCUCUACGGGACCGGCCCCCCGCCCUCCCCCAAAAGCAAGGAGGUGAGCCGCGUGGAGCAGCUGCAAGCUCGACUGCACACGUUCAGCAUGUUCGGGAUCCCCCGCCUGCCCCCCGAAGACCGGCGCCGCUGGGAGAUCGGGGAGGGACGGGACGGCGGGUUGGCCGAGAGCUCCUGGAAGGAGCUGGUGCCCGGGCACGAGACCAUGAGUCGGGAGCUGUGCCACCAGCAGGAGGCGCUAUGGGAGCUGAUCUCCACCGAGUUCAUCUACGUGAAGAAGCUGAAGGUCAUGACAGACCUCCUAGCUGCUGGCCUGCUAAACCUCCAGAGAGUGGGGCUGCUGAUGGAGGUGCCCGCGGAGAUCCUCUUUGGCAACGUACCCGACCUGAUCCGCGUCCACCGGAGUUUCUGGGAGGAGGUGCUGGGACCGGUCCUGGAGGAGACACGGGAAUCCGGCCAGCCUAUGGAUCCGCUAAGCCUCCAGGAUGGCUUCCUCUCGUUUGGGGAGCGCUUCUUACCUUACGUGCACUAUUGUCUGCAAGUGAAACGGACCAUGGAGUUCGCCCGUCACCAACAGGAACACAAUUACCUGUUCCAGACCUUCGUGAAGUGGUGUGAGAAGCACAAGCUUUCCGGCCGGCAGCAGCUCGGCGACCUCCUCAUCAAGCCGCAGCAGCGCGUCACCAAGUAUCCGCUGCUGCUCCGGGCGGUCUUCAAACGGAGCCCUGACCCCCGCCAGCGCGAGGCCCUGGGCGCCAUGAUCUCGGCGGUGGAGUCGUUCCUGCACCACAUCAACGCGCAGGUGCGCCGCGGGGAGGAGCAGGACAACCUGGCGGCGGCCGCCCAGCGCAUCGGGCCCUACGACGUCCUGGAGCCUUCCAGCGAGGAGGUGGAGAAGAAACUUCGUCCCUUUUCCGUGUUGGACUUGACUACGCCCAUGACCGGGAUCACUCCUCACUGCACGCGGCAGCUGUUGAUGGAAGGGGCCGUUCGCAUGAAGGAGGGUCGGGAGGGCAAGCUGGACGUGUACCUGUUCCUCUUCUCGGACGCCCUGCUGGUCACCAAACGGCAGCGAAAGACCGACCGGGCCAAGGUCAUCCGCCCUCCCCUCAUGCUGGAAAGGCUCGUGUGUCAGUCCCUCCGCGACCCAAACAGCUUCCUGCUGAUCCACCUGUCAGAGUUCCAGUGCGUCUCCAGCGCCCUCAUCAUGCACUGCCCUACCUCCUCCUUCAGCCAGCAGUGGCUGGAGAGGAUCCAGGAGGCCCAGGUCGCCCUGCAGAAGAUGAAGGCAGAGGAAUACGUGCAACAGAAACGGGAGCUCCUGGCCUUCUAUCGGGACACGGAGUGCCCGGACCCCAGCUUCCAAACCUCCCCGGAAGCGUCCCAGAGCGGCUUGGAGGGCAGGCCGCCGGGGUUCUCCCCCGCGGUGCCCCGGCUGCUGACGACGGACCUCACGGAGGACCCCGCGCCCCCCGCGCCCCCCGCGCCGGACGACGGCUCGGACGCCGGCUACGGGACCCUGGUCCCGCGCUCGCCCGGAUCGCCCCCUCCCUCCUUAGCCCCGAGCCGCCUGCGCCGGGCCGCCCUCCGCCGGGACCCCCGCCUCACCUUCUCCACCACGGACCUGCGGGACGGCCCGCGGCGCCCCCGCGCCCCCGCCCCCCAGCGCCGAAGCGCCCCCGACCUGCCCGACGGGGUCCUCGGGGGAGGCAGCCUGCCCCGGGAGGCGGAGCGCCCGGCCUGGUCCGACGACGACGACGACGACGUCGACGACGAGGAGGACGGAGACGUGGUGCUCCAGACUCUGCACCGCGCUCGCCUCCGGAGGCACUUCGCCGGUUCGUCGGCGCCCUCCCCCGCCGACUCGGCCGGAGGGAGUCCCUGGGCCUCGGAGGAGGAGGAAGAGGAGCAGGAGCGGGAGGAGGACGACGAGGAAGGAGGAGGAGAAGGAGGGAGGCCCGGGCGCUCGCCCUCCCCGCGUCCCCUGCGGGCCGAGGACAUGCUGCGGGAGAUCCGGGAGGAGCUGGCCGGCCAGCGGAUCGAAGGGAGGGCCGAGCCGGCCGAGGGCGGCCCCCGGAAACUCACUCGGGCCGAGCUGCGGAGGAUGCGCCGAAGCCAGAUCAUCCAGCUGGACAACACGCUGACCGUCUCGUAA